AAUCUGAUACUUUAACACAAGAUGUCGCACGUGUUGAUUCUUUGUUGACAAUAGGUCCAGUAGAAUGGGUCAAGAAUUUAUUGACAUUGCACUUAUUCCUGUGCUUGUGUAUUUUGUUUAUGGUUUUAAUAUGGUUCGUGGUUAGGUUUCUGUUUGCAGGACCAGCACGAUUAAAACAUAAACUUCAGUAUUCAAUGUUUUUCUGUAACUUGUUUACUCAAAAGAACAGUUUUAAUAAUGGAAAACUCGAAAGUAGAAAAAAGAGGUAUGUCAGACGAAUUUGACAUAAAACCACUAGAACCAAUUCUAGUAAAGGUUAAUAAAACUGGUUGCUCUGCUCAUGACAUUCACAUUGACAAAAAUGAGUUUAGAAUAGGUCGAGCAAGGGAGAACGAUGAAAUUAUUUUGGAUACAAUGAUAUCUAGAAAACAUUGUAUUUUAAGGUGUACAGGAAAUGAAGAAUGGGUGAUAAAAGAUAUAAGCUCUUCUAUUACAUUAGUUAACAAUACUCCUCUUUCAUCCGGUAUAAGUAAGAGACUGUCUGAUGGAGAUGUUAUACAGUUUAGUCAAUCUGAGAAAUAUAAAUAUAUUUUUACGCUUGUUUCUAAGAAUGAACAUAGAAUUAAGAGACCAAAAUUAGAUGAACAAAUACUUGACAAUGUUCGUAUAGAACAGAAGACAUUUGCAGAAAAUCAGGAGUGUCAAAAGAAAGUUCUUAAGGAUAAGUUAGAAAUAAAACAAAAGGAACAAGAUGAAUUAAAACUACAAUUGAGCCAACUUUUAAAUCAACAACCUAUUUCGCAAGAAGAAACAGAGGAUCUUCAAAAACAGAUUACAGUGUUAGAAAGUAAAAUAGAAGAUGGUAAUAUUGAAAAGCAGCAGUUACACAAAGUGUAUGCUGAACUGUUAGAGAAGCUAGAAAAUGAGAGGAUUCAAUUUGAAAAACAAUUAGAUGAGGAGAAAAAAAAAUGGCAAGAAGCAUUAAAUGUAAGCAAACAGGAAAAAGAGAUGUUAGAAAUGAAAAUGAAAGAACAGAUGGAAAAUUGGAGAAAAGAACAACAGGCUGAAUGGAAAAAUGUUAUGGAAAAUGUAGUUAAGGAAGAAAAAAAUAUACAAGCUCAAUUACUAAAUGAAAAAACUAUUUUGGAGGAAAAGCUAAAGGAAACAGAGAAAGCUUUAAAAGAACAGGAAGCUAAAGUAGAAACAAUACAAAACACAGAGGCAGGACCUUCUGAUAAGGCCAGUGACAGUUGUAUAUUUUUAGAAAUUGUUGAUCCUUCUUCUAAACUUCAUAUCUUAGACACCAUAGAUUUAACAGCUGCUACUCAGGUUAGCGCUGAUCCUAGUCAAACAGAAAAUGUACUUCAUAAAGUUGAUGAUAUCAUGGAUGAACAAUUAACAUGUAGUAUAUGUUCAGAAUUGUUUGUGCAGGCAACAACUUUAAGUUGUAUGCAUACAUUUUGUCAUCAUUGUAUAAAUUCUUGGAUUAAGAAGCGAAAUGAAUGUCCGGUGUGUAGAACACCUGUGACUUCAAUGAAUAGGUCUUUAGUUCUUGAUAAUUUUAUUGAUAGUAUAAUUGAGAAUUUACCAACUCGAUUUAAAGAAAGACGAAAACAAACGAUAAAUGAAAGAAGAGCGCUCGAAAUGCCUAAAAAACGUCCUACAAAAAGAAAGAAAACUUAAUUAACAGUAAUAUCUCCUGGAUAAGAAUAUUUAUAUACUGUUAUAAACAUAGUUUCCUUGUAUUACUAUUUUUUAAAUAUACAUAGUACUAUCACAUGAUAUAAUAACGUACAAAUUUAAUAUAAAACUAUAAUUUUUUAUCUAAUAUUUCAUAAACAGUGAUGAUUGUUCAGUUUUUAUACAGUGGAAAUCAAAUCUUAUAAAUCUUGUAUUGUGCCAUUAUUAGUGAGUUUUGAAAUCAUUAAACUUUCGGUGGAAGCGAAUGUAUUCUGUAUACACAGAGUGAGUCAUUUAUCUUUUGGAAAGAGGCAAUUUUUUAUUAAGUUUAUUUAAAGCGAGCAUCAAUAUAGAAUUAAAACACAAGAAAGAAGUUUACAUAUUGUUUAAAUUAAUGUACACAUUGUAUAAUUUUGAUUAAGAAUAUAAGCUGCAAAGCAUAAAAAUACAUUUUAAAUCUAUCCUGUUUCCCACCGAUUGAACAAAGACGCCUCCUACAUGCACCAUGUUAAACUGUUUCAUGGUAUUAUUUGUUCUACAAUAGAUCGUAUUCAAUUUGCGCACCUCGACUAACUUUAGUAGGCUCCCCACCACAUUCUGCUGUCUCACUAUCAUACGCUUUCUAUUCCGUUGGUUAUAUAUACGGUGGACAAAAUAUACAAAUAAUACAAAAUUAUCAAUACAACAUUAUCUCUAUCUACGACAUUUCACCG